AAGCAGACAGUACAAUAGUGACAGAUCAACUGCUGGGAUAACCAACCAAACUAACAGAACUUCUUUUCUACUGACUUGAACAGAUCUUCCUAAAUUCACAAAAAGAUGGAAUCUGAAAUGAGAUGCAACGUGAGCGAGAUGUGGAGCCACAAGAUAACCAAGGGACUGGACUUGGAGAUUUCCCAUCAUCCACUGACAAUGAAACGCGUAGCCAACCUCAUCAUCGCUGUAGAGAAGAUAAAGACCAGCACGUCAGAGUCAGUGCUGAGCACUGAGUUCAGAGAUGAAAACCUGCUCAACAUCUUGCUGGACAGCAUUGUAGAGGAGCAAAUUGUGUUCGAGAGUGAGUCAGCUCCACCAGUUGAGUUCUGCAGUACGGGCGUGCACCCGUGCACUGUGACUGACAGCCAGAAGAGGAGCUUGGUUUUCUUUCAGGACACCAUGGAGCUCCAAGCUGUGAUGCUGCAGGGAGGCAGUGAAAACCGCAAAGUUCACUUGAACAUGUCGACGUAUGUGCACCCUGCACCUAUCACUGUGGCCAGACCUGUGGCUCUAGGCAUCAAGGACACAGAUUUCUACCUGUCGUGUCACAAGGAUGGUGAUCAGCCAACCCUGCAUCUGGAGCGAGUGGACGACAAAAACAGCCUGACGAGUAUCAGCUCGGAGAGCGACACGGUACGGUUUCUCUUCUACAAACAGGACACUGGGAAGAAUAUUAGCACCCUCAUGUCUGCCCGUUUUCCUGACUGGUACAUCAGCACUGCAGGGCAAGACAACAAGCCAUUGGAAAUGUGCCAGGCGACCGCCAACCGCUACCGAACCUUCAACAUCCAACGUCAGAAUUAAAAGCUGCCAACUAUACACAAAGUGGAGAGUGGAUCUGCAUCUGGGGGGCAAAUCUGGUCCCUUUUUAACAUAACAUUUUUGUAUUGAACAGAUAUACUAUGAUUCAGCUAUUUUAAUUCAAACAAUCAUCAACAAAGUCGUGAUUUUAAAAAGUAUUGCCACUGUUUGCUAAAAAGACUCCUGUAGGUUUUACAGACUGUCCAUUCACUGUAUGUACUAAGUACAGAAAGUGAAAUACUAAGUGUAUUGACAUUGUCAAGUUUCACCACAAGGUGACAUCCUUACGCUGUGUGGGUGUGUAUUUAAUAUGCUGAAUGCCAUCAUACUGUUAAUGCAUUUAUUUAUUUAUAUAUUUUUAUAAUAUUUAUUUAUCUAUUUACAAAACUAUUUAACAUGUUAUAAAUAAUUAUUCAAAUGAUGUGCAGAGACUCUUCAAUAAAUUCUAUUAAUUUA